ACAAUGACAAAGCAAAUUCAUAUCAAGUUCCUAUGUCUCGAUUAAAAAAAAUUCCAUUGGAAAAUGACAACACACCUAAACCAUGAAACAUGUCUACCUAAAUCUUGCUGGGUGAUCCAAAUGAUAUGACCUGCAACUGUUUAUUGUGCGAAUACAAUCCAACCUUCCAGAAAUUUACAAGUACCUUCCCAUGCAAAUAUCCAUUGACUUGAUUUGUACCCAAUUAUAAACAAUGCGACUUGACUCGUUCAAAUUAUUAUCAUUAUUAGUGUGGUCAUUGAUUUGAUCGUCCGAGUCACUCGUGGAAAUCUAUUUAGGUCUACCACCCUUUUUUUAAUUUGGGUGACAAUAAUAUAAAUAUUCUAGUUCGUCAGCUGGAAUUUGAAGUAGGAAAGUUCAGUUUCUCAAAUUGUUUAGUUUUGCUUUGAAUUCUGUUAGUGCAAUACAGGCACUCUUUUCGAUAACUUGAAAGAUGUUUAAGCUUGUGGGAUUCAACAGCAUUUGUAACUUUUUCUCUCAUAAUUCAAACUUUCUUUAGGGUCCAUUUUUAAGGAUUUCUAGGGACGACGCAGAGGUUUGAAAGCUGCUUAAACUCUCUUAGUUUAUUUGUUCCAACAAUGGGCUGUCAGAGGGAGGGUGAUGCAGGAAGGACACAUGGCUUUUAUAGAGCUCAUGAUGACAGUGGUAUUGUAAGAUCUCUACAUGCCAACAUUAUUCCUCUUUUGGUAGCAGUCACUGCAGCUUGCUUCAUGCUAUCUAUUCCUUUAUCAGUAGUCAGCAUCAAUCUUGACAUUGUGCAUGAAGUACCUGAAGGACAUGUUGGCACCUAUUGGCGGGGUGGUGCUCUGUUGAAAACAAUCACUUCUCCAGGUUUCCAUCUUAAGAUCCCUUCCUUGACUCGGUAUGAACCAAUCCAAGUGACCAUUCAAACAGAUAAGGUGACAAACAUACCAUGUGGUACAAAAGGUGGAGUAAUGAUAUACUUUGAGAAGAUUGAGGUAGUGAACCGUCUUCGAAAGGAAUAUGUUUAUGAGACAGUAAGAAACUACGGUUUGAAAUAUGACAAGACUUGGAUAUAUGACAAAAUUCAUCAUGAAAUUAAUCAAUUUUGUAGUGCACACUCUUUACAGGAAGUCUAUACAGACAUGUUUGACCAGAUUGAUGAGAAAAUGAAAGAAGCAAUUCAAGCUGAUUGUCUAUGUUAUGCCCCUGGCAUUGAGAUUAUUAGUGUGAGGGUGACAAAACCCACAAUUCCAGAAAGCAUUGCUCGUAAUUAUGAGCAAAUGGAAGAAGAACGCACAAAGGUUUUGAUAGUGAUGGAGAAGCAAAAGGUGUUGGAAAUGGAGGCUGAGACAUUAAAGAAAAUUGCUGUAACAGAAGCUAAGAAAAAUUCAGAGGUCAGCAGGAUUAUUAUGGAGCAAAGGUUAAUGGAGAAAGAGAGCAUAAAGAAGCAACAAGAGAUAGACAAUGAAAUGUACUUGGCUCGUGAAAAAAGCCUUGCAGAUUCCAACUAUUACAAGGUCAUGAAGGAAGCUGAAGCAAACAAGCUAAAACUUACUCCUGAAUUUUUGGAACUGAAGUUUAUUGAGGCCAUUGCAAAGAAUUCAAAAAUGUUUUUUGGAAACAAGGUGCCAAAUAUGGUUUUCGAUCAGAGACUAUUAGGAAACUUUCUGACCCAAACUGUAAAACAGAGAAAACAAGAAUCGGAAGAAGACUAAAUAACCUUUGCAAUUCACUCAGAAUAUCAUUGAAUUUGGAGAUUACUGGCAUUUUAUGUGAAUGGAAUGCACAGCUAGGUCUAUUUUGUGAGGAAUUAAUGGCAUUUAUUCUCUUUUGAAAGCACCUAUAUAAAUGAGUUGAGUGGAAGUCGAGUUAGGAGUUGAAAAGAGGUUUGUUUUUCAUUUUGGUUUUCAUCUGUGAGAUGUAGGUGAAGCUCAUUCCUUUUUCUACUAAAAAAUGAUCAUGCAAAAAGAAGAGAUUAAUGCAACUCUAGUUGGAUUUUGGAGAGAUCCUCAUCCUUGGGAUCCAUGAGGGUUUAUUAGGACGUCUUUUCUAACAACUUAGGGUGAUAUUAGUUUCAUGGUUUUUGUUGCUUAUUUGACUCCAAAAAUCUAAAAUUUGUAGAAUUUGUUUGAUCUUCAUAAAUAAAGAUGAAAAGCUGAUCAAACUUUAUUUGGAAAAGUUAUGU